AUGGACCCUGUGGGGGCAGACCCCUCAGCGCACCCAGGCCCUCUGACUCACCUAAGCCUGCCGGACAGCUCGGAGGCGCGGCCGCAGAGCGGAGCCGACGGGCGGAGCCUCCCGGGCAGUUGGACCAGGUCAUCCCCAGAGCCCGCCACGGUCCUGAGGGAAGGUGUGCGCCAGUGCCUACAGCAACAGUGCGAGCAGACGGUGCAGAUCCUGCAUGCCAAGGUGGCCCAGAAAUCAUAUGGAAAUGAGAAGCGGUUCUUCUGCCCCCCGCCCUGUGUCUACCUCGCAGGUCCCGGAUGGAGGGUGAAGCCAGUGCAGGGCCAAGCCCACCAGGCAGGGGAGACCGGGCCCAUCGUCUGCGGUUACAUGGGACUGGACGGCGCGUCCGGCAGCGCUGUCGAGACGCAGAAGUUGAAUUUCGAAGAGCAGCCGGACUCCAGGGAAUUCGGUUGCGCCAAGACCCUGUACAUCUCGGACGCAGACAAGAGGAAGCACUUCCGGCUGGUGCUGCGGCUAGUGCUCCGAGGGGGGCGGGAGCUGGGCACUUUCCACAGCCGCCUCAUCAAGGUCAUCUCCAAGCCCUCGCAGAAGAAGCAGUCGCUGAAAAACACCGACCUGUGCAUAUCCUCGGGCUCAAAGGUCUCCCUCUUCAACCGCCUGCGCUCCCAGACGGUCUCCACGCGCUACCUGUCUGUGGAGGAUGGGGACUUCGUGGCCAGUGCACGCCAGUGGGCUGCCUUCACUCUCCACCUGGCUGAUGAACACUGUUCCCAGGGAGACUUCCCGCCUCGAGAGGGCUAUGUCCACUACGGCUCCCUGGUGCAGCUGAUCUGCACGGUCACGGGCAUCACACUACCUCCAAUGAUCAUCCGCAAAGUAGCUAAACAGUGUGCACUCCUCGACGUGGAUGAGCCCAUCUCCCAGCUGCACAAAUGUGCAUUCCAGUUCCCAGGUGGUCCUCCAGGAGGGGGUGGCACCUACUUAUGUCUCGCCACAGAGAAGGUGGUGCAGUUUCAGGCCUCCCCCUGCCCCAAGGAGGCGAACAAGGCGCUGCUUAACGACAGUUCUUGCUGGACCAUCAUCGGCACCGAGUCAGUGGAAUUCUCCUUCAGCACCAGCCUGGCGUGUACCCGGGAGCCUGUCACUCCGGUGCCCCUCAUCAGCACCCUCGAGCUGAGUGGCGGGGGCGAUGUGGCAACACUGGAGCUCCACGGUGAAAACCUCCACGCGGGGCUCAAGGUUUGGUUCGGGGAAGUGGAGGCCGAAACCAUGUACAGGAGCCCGCGGUCCCUAGUGUGCGUGGUACCAGACGUAGCCGCCUUCGGCAGCGACUGGCGCUGGCUGCGCACACCCAUCACAGUGCCCGUGAGCCUCGUGCGUGCCGACGGCCUCUUCUACCCCAGCGCCUUCUCCUUCACCUACACCCCCGAGUACAGCGUGCGGUCCGGGCCUCCAGGUGCCUCCGCGCCCGCCUCUGACGCCGAUGCGCUCCUGGAGAGCAUCCAUCACGAGUUUACACGCACCAACUUCCACCUCUUCAUCCAGACGUAG